UUCCGACUGCCAGGAGGCAGAGCAGCCGAUCCUGUACUGUGGACGGUGUUCCCUGAGCACCCCGUGCCAACCAGCAAGUCGGCCCGAGCAGGCCUGGAAAGAGACGACUUUUAGGUUGUGGACCAGGUGAUUCUGUGGUCCCUGAGAACUCAGGUGGAAUUGGGGUGGACUUGUGAACUUGGCCUCUUCUUGCACACCCAUGGCACCCCGACUACAGAUACGGCUGAUGACAUGGGACGUGAAGGACACACUGCUCCGACUCCGCCACCCAGUCGGGGAGGAGUAUGCCGCCCAGGCCCGGGCCCAUGGACUGGAGGUGGAGGCCGCAGCUCUGGGGCAAGCCUUCAGGCAGGCGUACAAGGCUCAGAGCCACAGCUUCCCCAACUACGGCCUGAGCCGGGGCCUCACCUCCCGCCAGUGGUGGCUGGAUGUGGUGCUGCAGACCUUCCGCCUGGCGGGUGUUCGGGAUGUGCAGGCCGUGACCCCUAUCGCCAAGCAGCUGUAUGAAGACUUCAGCAGCCCUGGCACCUGGCAAGUGUUGGAGGGGGCCAAGGCGGCCCUGCUGGGGUGCCGAAAGCGAGGUCUGAAGCUGGCCGUGGUGUCCAACUUCGACCACCGGCUGGAGGACAUCCUGGUGGGUCUUGGCCUGCGGGAACACUUUGAUUUUGUGCUGACCUCUGAGGCUGCCGGCUGGCCCAAGCCCGACCCCCGCAUUUUCCAUAAGGCCUUGCAGCUGGCGCACAUGGAGCCGGCGGUGGCAGCCCAUAUUGGGGACAGUUACCGCUGUGAUUACCAGGGAGCCCAGGCGAUAGGCAUGCACAGUUUCCUGGUGACUGGCCCGGAGCCCCUGGACCCUGAGGUCAGGAAUUCUGUCCCUGAAGAGCACAUCCUCCCUUCGCUGUCCCAUCUCCUGCCUGCCCUUGACCGCCUGGAAGACUCGCUCCCGGGGCUUUGAGUGUGCCAAAGGAGGCGCGAGGCCCCAUGGCCCCGCAGAAACCUCUAAGCCAGCAUUGGAGGCUUGGAACUCCCUUCCGUCUCUACAAACCUGGCCUUCGCCCCACCCCAUUCAGACUAUAAAGCAGGGUGUCAGCGUUC